CUGGACGUCUGUUGGCCGCGCAGGUGCCACGUCGGCGGCUCAGGGAGGCCCGGCGGCUCUCCCCAGGCCUUCCGCUCCACGGCGGUGGGAGCCUGCUCCCGCUUCCUGUCCCAGCUAGCUGGCCUCCUCCUCCUCCGAGGCCUGCGCCCAUGCUGCCGGCCGCCUCCCUGGCUCCUGACCUCCUGACCUUCUGACCCCUGCCACCUUCUGCCCUCCGUGUGGAAGGUACCAGAUUUGGGCCUCGACCCGCAGCUCAGGUGGUAGGAUCACCAGCUCCAUUCCACAGUUCUUUCCAGGACAGAACGUCCCAUGGUUUGCAGAUGGCCAGGCCCCAGAAGACUCUGCUGCCCCUCCCUCGGAGAGAAGGGGUCCAGGCAGCCACCACCGUGCCCAUCCUCUUGCCUAACCUGAAGUGCAGCUUCUUCGACCAUCCCAUGAACCGGGGGCUCCUCUGCCCUGUCCGGCGGCCCUACAGUCCCUCCUCGGCUCUGACACCCAGUCAGCCAAAGAAGCCCAAGAUGCAGGUGCCUGGGGACAUGUUCCCUACCGACUGGAGCCCACCACCUAUAGAGUUCCUAAACCCGAGGGUACUGCAGGCUGGCCAGGAGGCCCCAGCCCAGAGGUGGGUGGCAGUGGGCCCCCAGGGCCCGAGGAGACUGGCCCGCCAGCCGUCCAAAGAGUUGGAGCAGGAACGCCCGGACUCACUGAAGGAGCUGUUCUGCAACAUGGCAGGUCUGUGCCAGCAGGCUGUGGCCCCAAAGGUGGAUGUCCAUGCCCCGUUCGCCUCUGGGGGCUCAGAGGCGAGCUAUGUCAACAGUUUGGAUUACUUACUGCAAGAGAAGAGGCAACAGACCCUGGAGCAGGAGCGAGAGAAGCUGCUUCUGCGGGACUGUCUCAAUCUCAACUCGUUGCAUUUUGAUGAAGAUGAAGUAUCUCUCACACCUGAGCAUAGGAUGCUGGUGGAGAGGUUCUCCUUGCCAAAGCAGGUCAUCCCGCCAGUACAUCCAGGCGAGACUGUGUUUCUGCCCAGAAGUCUUGCCCUGCCUUGCAUCCUGGACUCUUCACGCCUAAAACCACGAAACCACCUGGAAGGGCUGUUUCUCAGCUCCCCGCUGGCCCAGCAGCUCUCCCUUCUGCGCAGCGGCCUCUUGAGCACACUCUACCUGCACGCGCCCGACUGCCCGGUGCCCCUGCUCCAGUGGCUGUUCCAGCUGCUGACAUGGCCUCCAGAAACUUCUUCAGGAGCCUUUGGUCUCCUGUGGGAUCUCAGCGUGGAUGGGCUCUUCUGUCAGUCUGAGGAAGACAUGCGCCUGUGGUGCCCCUCGCUGCAGGAGGUCAUGGAGGCAUUUCACAGCCUGGGAGCCCACAUCCCUGCUCUGUGCCCCCUGGGGCCCUUUCAGCAUGGCAGCAGAAUGCUUAGAAGUGAGGCUGGCCUUAGCGGAAAUGAGCAGCAGGACACUCCCCAGGAGGCUGCCUUGGACAUUAGUCUGAGCUACAUCUAUAAGUUCCUCGCACUGUGUGCCCUGGCCCAGCCGGGGGCCUACACUGACGGGAGCCUCGUGGGCCUGAUUGAGCUGCUGUGUCGUGCAGGCCUGGAUGUGGGGCUCCGACUGCUGCCUAAGGCCGACCUCCAGCAGCUCCUGCUCCUGCUCCUGGAGAACAUCCGGGAGUGGCCGGGGAAGCUCCAGCAGCUGUGCCGCACCCUGAGCCAGGCGUCAGACCACCACCACAACCUGCUGGCACUCGUGCAGCUCUUCCUGGACGUGACCUCCCGCAGCAGGCAGCUUCGGAGCCAGCUCAGCCUUGUGGUCAUUGCGCGAAUGUUGGGCCAGCAAGAGACGCUCCCUCUCUGGCAAGAGAAGACCCAGCUGUCCUCACUCAGCCAGCUCCUGAGCCUCAUGAGGCCAUCAUCCCUCGGGCAGUACCUGGGCUCUGAUUCCCUGCCACCCUGCCAGAAACAACAGCCAAAGGCCAAUGCCGAGCUAGACUACAAGGCCUGCUACCUGUGCCACAGCCUCCUGACACUGGCCGGGGUGGUGGUCAGCUGCCAGGACAUUACUCCAGACCAGUGGGGCGAGCUGCAGCUGCUGUGCAUGCAGCUGGACCGCCACAUCAGCACCCAUAUCAGGGAGAGCCCCCGGGCCAUGCACCGCACCAGACUCAAGGACUUGGCUGCCCAGACCUACAUCCGUUGGCAGGAGCUGCUGGCCCACUGCCAGCCCCAGGCCCAGUACUUUAGCCCCUGGAAAGACACCUAAAGGAGCAGGGUUGGGACAGCCCAGGGCUCUGGGCUUCAGCAGGCGGUGACCAGCGCUCAGGGAACUGGAAGAAGCGAAAAAUCAAGGCCAGAGGAGAGCCAGAUGCUGACCAGCCUGAUGAAGCAAGAGCCUGCUCCGCCCCUGCCCCUGCCCCUGCCCGCCCCCUGCCAGGGAUGCCUCUCCCUGCCUGGCCCACCCUCAGCUCUCCUCCCCUCCCAGCCAUCUCCUCUUCCCUAAGGCCUUUGUCUCCAUAGCUCUGGUUUCCCUGGGCCUCCUGGGCCCUCCUGGGCCUCAGUCCUCCCCACCCUCCUUCCUCCCUCGCUCUGUCACUAAUGUGAGGUUUCUUUGUGCACAUUAAAGUCUUAUUUCAGCAUCA